AUGGCUACGUUCCGAGAGAUAUCUGAUACUUCACCCAUCCGCGUAGCAUGCGUGGGAGGUGGUCAACUUGGGCGUAUGAUGGCGCUGGAGGCCCCUCGACUUGGAAUUCAGAUGAAGUUUCUCGAUCCAGGCGGUGUCAAGUGUCCUGCCGCUCAAAUUGUCCCCUCGAGUAGCAUCAUUGAGGGAGGACUCAAGGAUGGUGACAAGAUCCGAGAGUUGAGCAAAAGUGUAGAUGUUGUGACUGUUGAAAUUGAGCACGUUGAUGUUGAGACCUUGGAAGCCUUGGAAAAGGAGGGUGUGAACGUUCAGCCAAGUGGUCAAGUACUAAGAACAAUUCAAGACAAACUUGUCCAGAAGACGCACUUUCAAUCCCACGGCAUUGAACUACCUCCAUUCGCCGAUACGCCAUCAAAAGACGCCAUCAAACAAGCUGCUGUAACUCUUGGUCUACCACUGAUGUUGAAAUCUAGAAAGGGAGGAUACGACGGACGGGGAAAUGCCGUUCUAAAGACAUCUGAAGAUGCUGACAUUGAGGCUGCUUUGGCCAGUUUGGGGUGCAAGGACACUUCUGCCCCCGACCUAGGCGUUUAUGCAGAGGGUUGGAUCGACUUCGAUUGUGAAGUUGCUGUCAUGGUCGUGCGAUCUGCUAAUGGCUCUGAAACUAGCUCGUAUCCAGCCGUCAAUGCUAUUCAGCAGAAUUCGAUCUGUAGGGUUGUCUUGGCGCCAGCACGCAACGUCUCUCUCGAAAGAAGAGAAAUAUGCGAAAGAUUAGCGAAGAAGGCUAUCGAGUCCUUGGGAGCAAAAGCCUCUGGAGUUUUUGGAGUAGAAUUGUUUGUCACAAACGAUGGUAAGGUGAUGCUGAACGAGGUAGCACCUCGCCCUCACAACACGGGGCACUACACACAAGACGCAUGCGUCAUCAGUCAAUUUGAAAACCACCUUCGUGGAGUCUGUGGGAUGAAACUGGGAUCGACUAAAAUGGUUGUAGAGGCUGCAGCUAUGGUCAAUGUUUUGGGAGCUCCUUCGGGCACAUCAGAGGAUACACUCAAGAGUUCGAACGCUGCUUUGGCAAUGCCUACAGCAGUUGUUCACUGGUAUGGAAAGCAAGGAUGCCGAGCAGGUCGAAAGAUGGGUCACAUUAAUCUUACUGGAUCUUCACAAGCUGAGUUGGAUGGUUGCCUGUCGGAAUUGUUUGCACUGGAAGGAAUUCCAGUUUCUCUGAUGCCUGGGGGUAGACUUGCUUCCUCGCCGUUGGUUGGUGUCAUUAUGGGAUCUCAAAGUGAUCUUCCAACCAUGAAUGCCGCGAUCGAUAUGUUGAAGAAGUUCAAGGUUCCAUAUGAAGUUGACAUCGUCUCAGCACAUCGAACCCCUGACAAGCUCAUGUCGUACAGUAGGGGUGCUGCGGAUCGGGGCAUCCGCGUUAUCAUAGCGGGUGCAGGUGGUGCCGCGCAUUUGCCAGGAAUGGUCGCUGCCAUGACCCCUCUACCUGUCGUUGGUGUGCCUGUUAAGACUUCAACACUGAGUGGAGUGGAUUCCUUGUACAGUAUCGUUCAAAUGCCUCGCGGUGUUCCAGUCGCAACUGUAGCGAUUGGAAACGCCAUGAAUGCUGGACUUCUUGCAAUUCGAAUCUUGUCUACCCACAAAGCAGAGCUUCGGCAGGAAAUGAAGGAUUAUCAAGACGAAAUGAGUGAAAUGGUAGAGGGUAUGAGCUCCAAGCUUUUGGACCUGGGAAGUGAUGAGUUCUUGAACCAAAUGGACAAUAAAAACAAGUCUGUCAACGUGUAA